AUGUGCGAAACACGAUGGACCGAGAGACAUGAUUCUGUGCUGCAAUUGGACAGCAAAUUUGAAAAAAUUGUAGAGGUACUAAAUAUUAUAUCAAAUUGGAAAGACCGCGAAGCUUCUUCAAAAGCGGAGUGUUUGAAGACUGCCAUUACUUCCACCCAACUUAUCGUAUCACUAAAGUGUUUGUGUGAUAUAUUAGCUUUAACAGUCAACCUGACAGGCAAAUGA